AUGGAACGUGGUAGAUAUUCGGUUGAUAUGGGUAACCUCGAGCGCAACCGAACGAACGAGAUUGGGAGGAAGAAAUCCCGCAAAGGUAAAUCACAUAUCGGCUCUUCAUCUCAAAGUCGAGAUGAUAUUGAUAGGGGUUACCAAAGGAGGGAUGGAGAUGCGAUGUCUGACAUGCAACUACAACAAGAAUUGGACCGGCAUAAAAACCGCUUUUUCCAAGAUGAACAAUACCCGACGACCAUUGACGAAGAAGAGCUCGAGGACGACGAUGUGGAGGAGAUGGCCGCGGAGGAGGGUGGCGGCAGCCACGACGCCGACGAGCCUGCCUCAUCCUAAACCGGUAAGAAAAAAAGUAAAUCUGAACCAAUGGAAAAUAAUUUUGAUAAGUGGAAGGACCCGAACACCGAGAAUUGGAACGCAACUUGCAAGUGGUGCAAGAAAAAAUAUAGCUUGGGAAUUUCCAGCGGAUACGAAUCCGCCUCAAGGCAUCUUAAGGUCAAACACCCGGUGGAGUAUGCAAAAUUAGGCGGCGGAACGAGUAAGCAAACUCAAAUUUCGAGGUUUGUAAAUAACUAACAACCUUUUGGUAAUUUCCAAUACAAUGAUACACAAAAUUUGACUGGUAUGGCUAACUUACUUGUUGAAGAAAAUUUGCCUUAUUUGUUUUCUGAAAGUCUUGCUUUGAAAGAUUAUGCACAAAAUUGUUUAAAUCCUCAAUAUAGAGGUUAUAGUCACAAAACGGUUAAGAAGGAAAUUAUAAGGCUUUAUAAAGCGGAAAAUGUAAGGUUACAAUUUUUUUUUGCAAACUUUGAUGGGCGUGUUACUAUUUGUUCUCACAUAUGGGAGGAUAAUUAUCAUAAUUUACAUUAUUUGGGUCUGACUGCACAUUAUAUUGAUAAUGAUUGGAAUAUGCAUAAAUGUGUUCUUGCUUUUCGUGAAUUUAAUGAUCGUCACACCACCGAACAUAUUUAUAUUUUGAUUGAACGUAUUUUAAUUGAGUAUAAUUUGAAUGAUAAGGUGUUUGCUAUUGGUUUUGAUAAUGCUACUAAUAAUACUGCUGCUAUACCUAGAUUGUGUGAAUUAUGUGAUUCUACUACUUUGAUGGGUAGAUUUUUUCAUCAACGAUGUGCAUGUCAUGUUAUAAAUUUAUGUGUGCAAGACGGUCUAAAAGCGUUAGGAGAUUCUUUGGAGGUGGUCAAGGGGGGAUUAUUAGACGUAUUUGGGGUAGUGGUCAACUUCAAUUAAAAUGGAAAAAAU